GGCUAAAUCCAAAUAAAACUUAGUUCAUCUCCACAGCCUCAUACCUCACGUGGCUUACAAUUUUUCAUACUUCAGCCUUAUGUUUGAGGCUACAAGGUUCUUGCUCAAAAGGCCGAAACAAUUUCAAUGGUCUGUGUCUCGAACACUUAGUAAUUUUGAUGACAGCUUUAAUUUUUGUUUAGGGAAAGCUUGAUGAAAAUCCCCAAAGCUUCAUUAUUGAAGAUAUACUUACUUACACUGCUACCAAAUUCUUUACCAAGGAGGAAGGAUUUACCACUCCUUCCAAGGUACUUCUACAUAUUCAUAAUUAUGCCACCAAGAUUAAAUAUUCCUCCAGUGACGAGGAUACUACUUGUCGCAUUAGUAUCUGAAUCCAUUUUGAGUGCAGCAAUUCGAUAUAAACAAUGGGACAAGGAAACCGCGGCAGAUCUUCAUAUAGUAGUUCCAUACUUAUCGCUCGUACCUCAAUUAUCCUUCAUAUAUCCUUGGACCUUCCUGACAACUACAUUGGUGGAGAAUAAUGUGUUUACGUUGGCUAUAGCUGGAUUGGCUUUAUUCUAUGGAGGAAGAUAUUUGGAACGAGCAUGGACAUCCAAGGAAUUCGCAAAGUUUAUUAUAGUCGCAUCUCUUCUUCCUAACCUUUUUUACAUUCGGGACCUUGGUUCUUUUCUUUGCUGUUACUGGUGAUAUGAGCUGGACGUGAGUUAUUCAAAUUCUGCCGUUUCUAUCCUAAAGCUUGUCUAUUCUCCAAAUUACUAACACCUACCAAAAGUCUCAGCUCAAUCAAUGGGACCAUCCCUCUUCAAAUCUCAUUCCUAAUCGCCUUCUCUCAACUCAUACCUACACAUACCGUCACCUUAUUUAAGGGAAUUCUCUCUCUUCGCGUUCCUCGAUUCCCUCUCCUCCACUUCUCUACUAUCCUUACCCUCUCGCUCCUCCAACUCCUAAGCAUCUCUUCUGUCUUCCUCGUCUCAUGGGCCUUCCUCACUUCCUGGACCUACCUCCGCUUCUAUAAACCCGCCUUCCCAGAUCUCGAUUCCCAUCAAACGCCUACCCUUCGCGGCGAUGCAAGCGAGACGUUCGCAUUCGCAGAAUUUUUCCCUGGUCCUCUCAAACCUCUCCUCGCUUCCUUCUCAGACACCGUCUUCAAUACUUUAGUAGCAAUUAAAAUAUGCACACCAUUCUCCGCAGCAGAUGUCUCAGCUAGUAGAGGAGAAUCUUCCUUCAUACAACAAAGAGGUACACCGGGAGGAGCGAGAGCAGAGGCAGAAAGAAGGAGAGCUUUGGCGCUUAAAGCGCUAGAUCAGAGAUUACAUGCCGCGACAACUAAGAAUGUUUCACCGCCUGCGCCUACAGGUCCAUCGGUAGCGACACAACCGCAACCGGGAACUCAAACAGCGAUGACAAGUCAACCGAGUGGGAUGUUAGGAGAGACAAAUUAUGUACCAGAGGGACAUGAGGGAGAUAAAGCCGGUUCGUGAUGAUAUCCAGAAGGUUAAGGCAUGGAUUGAAGUUAUGGGUGAUAAUGAUUUGAAACUUUUUGAUACCUUUAAUUCACCGAAUGGGAAUUGGACGGAUGGUUGAUCA